CAGCGUCAGAGUUGGAAUCUGAGUUCCCGUGAGGACCUUUUAAAAGAUUACACCCGUAAGAGAGAGAGAGAGAGUUUAUCAAUUUAAAGCUUCUUCUCCUCGCUCGCUCUCUCUCUCUCUCUCUCAAUCGUCCAGAUUCUUCUCUCUGUAGUAGAUUUAUCACUCUCCUCCUUUUCUAUAACGAUUUCGAUUCCGCGAUCUGCUCGGAAACAAAGAUACUAAAAAUGGAUCCUUCAUCAAAUAGAUUUGGGAGUAGUGGAGCUGAAUCGAUUUUGCCAAACUACAAGCUUGGCAAAACUCUAGGCAUUGGAUCUUUCGGGAAGGUCAAAAUUGCUGAGCAUCUUCUCACCGGCCACAAGGUUGCUAUCAAAAUCCUCAAUCGCCGUAAGAUCAAGAACAUGCAAAUGGAAGACAAAGUGAGGAGGGAGAUUAAGAUUCUGAGGUUGUUCAUGCAUCCUCAUAUCAUUCGCCAGUAUGAAGUCAUAGAGACCCCUAGUGACAUUUAUGUCGUGAUGGAGUAUGUCAAGUCCGGUGAGCUCUUUGAUUAUAUUGUUGAGAAAGGUAGAUUACAAGAGGACGAGGGUCGUAACUUCUUCCAGCAGAUUAUAUCUGGUGUGGAGUAUUGCCACCGCAAUAUGGUUGUCCACAGAGACUUGAAGCCUGAGAAUUUGCUACUGGACUCGAGGUGCAAUAUUAAGAUUGCUGACUUUGGGCUCAGUAAUGUCAUGCGCGACGGUCAUUUUCUUAAGACCAGCUGUGGUAGCCCCAACUACGCUGCCCCCGAGGUUAUAUCAGGAAAAUUAUACGCUGGACCUGAAGUAGAUGUAUGGAGUUGCGGAGUUAUAUUGUAUGCUCUUCUCUGUGGUACCCUUCCUUUUGAUGAUGAAAACAUUCCCAACCUUUUCAAGAAAAUUAAGGGUGGGAUUUACACUCUUCCAAGUCAUUUAUCAUCUGAUGCUAGAGACCUGAUCCCAAGGAUGCUCGUAGUUGACCCGGUGAAAAGAAUCACCAUUCCUGAGAUCCGUCAACACCGUUGGUUCCACACUCAUCUUCCUCGUUACCUUGCUGUUUCUCCACCAGAUACAGUAGAGCAGGCCAAAAAGAUCAAUGAGGAGAUAGUUCAAGAAGUGGUUAACAUGGGAUUCGACAGAAACCAGGUUAUGGAAUCUCUUCGGAACAGAGUACAAAACGAUGCUACUGUUACAUACUAUCUGUUGUUGGACAACCGGUUCCGUGUUCCAAGUGGCUAUCUUGAAUCCGAGUUUCAGGAGACAACAGACAAUGGUUCCAGUCCUAUGCGCCCAGCUGAAGCAGCUGCUUCACCUGUUGGCCACUGGGUUCCUACACACAUGGAUCAGUACGGAUUGGGAGCAAGAUCACAAGUCCCAGCUGACCGGAAAUGGGCUCUUGGACUUCAGUCCCAUGCGCAUCCUCGUGAAAUUAUGAAUGAAGUACUGAAAGCUCUUCAAGAGCUCAAUGUGUGUUGGAAGAAGAUUGGUCACUACAACAUGAAAUGCCGAUGGGUUCCUGGUUUUUCUGAUGGUCAGAAUACUAUGGGCAACGAUCAGCUGCACUUUAGAGAUGAAUCGAGCAUCAUUGAGGAUGACUGCGCCAUGACCUCACUGACCGUCAUCAAAUUUGAACUUCAGCUAUACAAAGCUCGAGAAGAGAAGUACUUGCUGGACAUACAGAGAGUUAACGGUCCUCAGUUUCUCUUCUUGGAUCUAUGCGCCGCCUUUCUUACCGAGCUCCGUGUGAUCUGAAUCUUUUAACCAUUUGUUAAGACAUUUUAAUCCAUGUUUCACGGUUUGUAAUAGCAGAGAAGGCAACAUGGUAUGUGGGGGGUGCAGUGUUUUUAUUUUGCCAGGUUACUUUUAUAUAUUACCUGGAUUCCAAGUUAAACUCUACUGUAAUAGUUACUAUCGUUCGUUUCCCCCCUUUUUGAUGGUUUUUAAGGUUUGAUCAUGUGUACAUAUAACUUGGCUGUUUCCAGGAUACACUUAAAGUUUCUUCAAUCUUGGUUACAAA